AGUCAGAUACUUGUUUUUUAUUCAGGAAUUUACGUUCUCCCGAAAACUAGGGUUACAUAAAAGUCAAGGUCACCUCAUGUAUUGACAUUGUAUAUAUAACAAAUGUAAUGUAUAUUUCUGUAUCAUUAGAGUUUAUAUACCGGAUGUUACUACAGCUACACGGUAUGGCUGCCUUGUGUCUGUCGUUUACGAUUUUGUUGGGGGUCCUGACCCUGGCAGAGGCCAACACGAUUCCGGCUGGAACCUGUAUGUACAAAGGCAACAAGUGUCCAGUGUACAAUGUUAUUUCUAACCAUGAGGGAUACGAACUGCGAUAUUACGAGCAAUCGUCCUGGGUGGCCACGAGUGAAAAUGUGAGAGAGUACACAGGAAACGUGAGCCGCCAGCUGUAUUUCAGACUGAGGGACUACAUUCAAGGCAACAACGUUAAUAAUGAAGUUUUGAACAUGACUGUCCCUGUAUUGACUGAGCGAGGGAACCCAAACGUCAACGGGCUCACUACAUACACCAAAUAUUUCUUUCUUACUGACCCAAAUGCCCCAGAACCAAGAGCAGAGAAUGUGUUCAGGUACAACAGACCAGCAUUUGGAGCUUAUGUAAGGAGAUAUGGAGGGAGACCCAAUUACCAGGAAAAGGAAGCCCAACUUGAAAAACUCAAACAGAGCCUUCAAGACACCUCCCUUUAUAACCUCGACAAGGCCUACUUUGCUGGCUAUAACCCCCCAUGGGAUAAUAUUGGGAGACGGAAUGAGGUUUGGGUCGAGGCCAUCAUGACUAAUGUCUAAAUCGAUAGAUCGUAUAUGACUACGGGGUGAUAUCGGAUGCCAGAAUAAGCAUGACUAUAAACACUAGAGUAUGAUGUUCAUAGUAUUUCCAUUUAUUUCUGUUCAUCACUCAUUAGCUUUAAAACAACUGAAACUGAUCUACGAUAAGAAUUCUAUAAAGGUAUAUAUAUGAAUUAUAGCUCAAAGCCUUGAUGAUGAUGAACACGGCCGCGUAGUUGAUGACUGGUACGACAUUCGGUCAUGAGCCAAGCAACUUACCUUCAGUUUGAGAUGACUAUAUAGAUAACAUUAAUAAAGCGUAGUGUAACAUUA